AUGCUCAGCAAUGCGCGCGAGGACAGUGGCAUUCGGACGGUGACACUGGCCCGGGGUACCUUCAAUCGCCAGAGCCCGCCCGCGCCGACCAGCAUCCCGAGUGGCAGUGGGAGAACAUCGGAACGGUCGAGCCUGGCGCCGACCACUUCGCCCUAUGAGCGCGAGAAGGGCGACCCCCUCAAUUUGCUGGGUUCCGUGGGCAUCGUCGAAUUGCUCGAGCACGAUCCGAGGCCAACCUUCAUCAUUGACCUGGACGAGUGUCAAUCACAGACUCCCGACGCGCCGCAUGUACAGGUCCUCUUUGCCAACCAUGCCCUCCGCUCCAGCCCCUCGAUAUGGGAAUCCGUCGCAGGCAAGCCACCAGACUCGCAUGCAGAAAGUCAGGCUGCACUUGCCAAUCACCACUUUCGCGCCUGGCUCAUGAGCCAUCUUCCUUCUACCCAAGGGCCCGAAGGGGACCCACCUCCUGUUGAGCAUGGAGCUAUCGUUUGGACGUGUCAUACCAUGAGAAAGAGAUUGCGUGUCGUGUCUGCCGCAUUGCCCUCUUGUUCCACAUCGAGCAUUACGUCCACAAGUGCGCAGAUGGAUUUUGCAAUGCCCUCCCUCUCAUCAGCCACUCUUCAUUCUGCACAUAGCAACAGAGCCACUUCUUCCUCUGAUUCAGUGCUUGAACCACAAGAUUAUUUCGGCACCCAUCCGCCACUGCCUGUCGGAGAAUCGACGCCUCCCAUAUCUGCUCCGGCCCAACUCGCACCCUCUGCCCCUGCCUCACGCGACGAUGGCAGCGGUCUCUGCCCGAAACCGGCUGUCCUCUUGCCGUCGACGCAAGAUUCAACUUCCUUUGUUAAUGAGUGCGUACUACGGGCCCAAUCGGCCGGCAAUGUUGACUCCUUUGGCAGGCAUCACGCAGGUCGUGGUGAGGAGAAUCACGACAUGGGCUUCUUUGACUGGACCAGACUGGCCAUGUCGCCCUCACUCCCGCCACAUAUUCUGUUUGCGCGCUCUAUAGAUUGGGCGUCGACGCCUUUGGGACCCAUAGAGUAUUGGUCAAAUGACUUGCGCGCCAUGUGUAAUCUCAUCAUGGCAAGUCCUCACCCAGCCGCCAUGUACUGGGGUGAUGAGCUCGUCGCCGUUUACAAUGAGGCUUAUAUUGGUCUUGCUGGUCAGAAACAUCCCGCGCUCAUGGGUCAAAGUUAUAAGAUUGCGUGGGCAGAGAUUUGGGAUGAUGUCAAAGAGGUCUUUGCAAAUGCACGAACUACUGGCCAAGCGACGAUGAAAGACGAUGAUUGUCUAUUCAUGAAACGGAAUGGCUUCCUCGAAGAGACAUAUUUUUCAUGGUCCAUAAUACCCAUGGUCGGCGAAGGUGGAACCGUGAUGGGGUUAUACAAUCCGGCUUUUGAAAAAACAAGAAGAAAGAUUGCUGAAAGACGCAUGCUCACACUUCGCGAGAUUGGUGAACGUACGGCAACGGCUCGAGACGUCAAAGCGUUUUGGGGCCAGGUCCUGUUGGCCUUGACCGACAACGAUCUCGACUGUCCCUUCGUCAUGCUGUACUCUGUCAAUGACGACAACGAUAGUGACUCGUCGUCCCUGCACUCCAAUAGUUGGGCUGGAUCCAAGUAUUGCUAUUUGGAAGGCUCUUUGGGUGUGCCAUUCGGUCACCAAGCUGCACCAGAUCAGAUCGAUCUCAAGGAGGGCAAUGAAGGUUUUGGGCCCGUCUUCCGCGAAGUCAUGAAGACGGAUAAGCCCGUUGUGACUGGCAUAGGCACAGGAGAUCUUCCGCAUUCUCUCAUGGAAGGCCUUGAUUGGCGCGGCUUUGGGGAUCCUUGUCGCGAUGUUGUCAUCUGUCCAAUUCAUCCGACGACAGGGGAGACCAUGUUGGGAUUUCUGGUCAUGGGUGUCAAUCCACGAAGGCCUUACGAUGAUGACUAUAAUCUCUUUGUGCAAUUGCUAAGCAGGCAGCUCGCAACCUCGCUAGCCUCCGUUGUCCUGUUCGAAGAAGAGAUCCGCAGAGGCCAGAAGGCGGCCAGGCUCGCGGCAGAGGAUCGUUUCAACCUGUCCGAGCAGCUCGCAGCACGUACGCAAGAAGCCAGAGAGAGCGAGACAAGGUUCACGCGAAUGGCCGAAUACUCUCCAGCCGGUCUCUUCAUUGCUGACCACCUGGGUAAGAUUACAUACUGCAACGAUACCUGGUAUGAAAUCUCCCGGGUUCCACGGGAGCGAGAUAGGACCGAUAGGUGGAUGGACUACGUCAAAGAUGAGGACUUGGACUUGAUACUGAGGCACUGGAAGCGUCUGGUGGAUGACGCCGUUGCUAUCAACAUUGAGUUUAGAUUCAAGGCGCCAUGGGAAGAUCGGAACCGAAACAAGAGUGACACAUGGGUCCUCUUUUCGGCCUUCCCUGAAAAGGAUGAACACGGCAUGCUGAAGAGUGUGUUUGGGAGCAUCACCAACAUCAGUCCCCAGAAGUGGGCAGAAGGUUUCCAGAAGCGAAAAAUGGAAGAAGCGGUGGAGCUCAAGAGGCAGCAAGAAAAUUUCAUCGACAUCACCAGUCACGAGAUGCGUAAUCCAUUGAGUGCCAUACUACAGUGUGCAGACGAGAUCUCGACUCUCCUCGGCGACUUCCGAUCGUCGGGGUCACAAACUAUUGCUGACAACAUCGUUGCCGACUCGAUUGAUGCAGCACAGACAAUUGCCUUGUGUGCGCAACAUCAAAAGAGGAUUGUGGAUGAUGUAUUGACGCUGUCAAAGCUUGACAGCGCUAUGCUCAUGGUCACCCCAGUGGAUGCACAGCCGUUGCAGGUCGUGCAACGCGCUUUGAAAAUGUUCGAGGGCGAAGUCCAAACAGCCGGGAUCAAUAUGGAGUUUAUACUGGACGACUCCUUCAAGAAGUUGGGCGUCGAUUGGGUCAAGAUUGAUCCGUCCCGGGUGCUUCAGGUUCUCAUCAACUUGACUACCAAUGCUAUCAAGUUCACAACCACCGAAGACACCCGCACUAUACACGUCAUCCUCUCAGCGUCUCGCGAGCGACCCUCGGCAAGCCUCGCGCCAGCCGUCAGCUACUUCCCCAUGCGAGCCAAGCGGACUGAACAAGUCUUUGGCUCCGAUUGGGGUGAUGGCGAGGAGCUCUUCCUAGAAUUCGCGGUACGAGACACCGGCCGCGGUCUUACUGCGGAAGAGAAGAAGCUCCUCUUUCAGCGAUUCUCCCAAGCAAGCCCACGCACACAUGUUACCUAUGGUGGCUCUGGGCUAGGCCUCUUCAUCUCGCGCGAACUGACUGAACUUCAAGGUGGCGAGAUUGGUGUUUCAUCAGAAGCAGGCAAGGGCAGUACAUUCGCGUUCUAUGUCAUGUGUCGAAGGAGUAGUGAGCCACAGGAGACUACCGACAUGGCUGCCCUGGCUCUCUCGCGCAAGGUAUCAAACGCAAAGGAAAGAGAUCGCACCAUCCCGCCAAAAAUCAAGGAUUUUGCGCCCGUACCAGCAAAGGAGCUGGUGGCCUCACGGGUCAGACCCCGGACUACCAAUAACCUUAGGGUCUUGAUUGUAGAGGACAAUGUCGUAAACCAAAAAGUCCUACAACGCCAACUUCAAAAUCAUGGCAUCCACACCACCGUCGCCAACCAUGGUGGCGAAGCUCUCGACGCCCUACAAGCCUCAACCUACAACCCGCUCUCCCCCCCUCAUGCCCCGCACAUUGACGUCGUCCUCAUGGACAAAGAGAUGCCCGUAAUGGACGGCUUGCAAUGCACCUCUCGAAUCCGGGAGCUGGAAAAGGCCGGGGCGCUACAACGUCAUGUACCCAUCAUCGCGGUCACGGCAAAUGCUAGAUCAGAACAGAUUGCGACGCUUCUGGGAGCGGGAAUGGAUAAUGUGGUCAGCAAGCCAUUUAGGAUCGGCGAGCUGAUACCCAAGAUUGAAGAGUUGGCCCAGCGGUAUCCCGGGACGGGAGGGAAGAGGGCCGAUGAGGAAAGUAUCAAGCAUCCGGGUGGACCGGUGGAGCAGCCCUAUGGGGUCUAA